CGAGGACGAGGGUGGUACCCUGUGAAAGUACUGUCCAAUGAAAGUUUUUAACCCCAGAUCCCGGGUAAUGCAGGAGCCGAGAGUGCUAUGGAGAAUUUCACGGCGCUGUUUGGAGCUCAAACCGACCCCCCACCACCCCCAAGCGCCCUAGGUUUCGGGCCUGGAAAGCCGCCCCCGCCACCACCGCCUCCUCCAGGAGGUGGUCCAGGCACGGCCGCGCCCCCGACUGCGACCUCGGCCCCCGCGGGCGCAGAAAAAUCGACUGCUGGAAGCGGCCCCUUCUACCUUAUGCGGGAAUUGCCGGGCAGCACAGAGCUGACAGGCAGCACCAAUUUAAUCACACACUACAACCUGGAACAGGCCUAUAAUAAAUUCUGUGGGAAGAAAGUGAAGGAGAAGCUAAGUAACUUCCUGCCUGACCUACCAGGGAUGAUUGAUCUCCCUGGCUCCCAUGACAACAGCAGCCUCCGAUCCCUCAUUGAGAAGCCUCCUAUUCUCAGUAGCUCUUUUAAUCCAAUCACAGGGACCAUGCUGUCUGGUUUCCGCCUGCAUACUGGCCCGUUGCCAGAGCAGUGUCGUCUGAUGCAUAUUCAGCCUCCCAAGAAGAAGAAUAAGCACAAGCAUAAACAAAGCCGUACCCAGGAUCCUGUUCCUCCAGAAACACCAUCUGAUUCAGAUCACAAAAAGAAGAAAAAGAAAAAGGAAGAAGAUCCUGAACGAAAAAGGAAGAAGAAAGAGAAGAAAAAGAAGAAGAACCGACAUAGUCCAGACCACCCAGGUAUGGGAAGCUCCCAGGCCAGCAGCAGCAGCAGCCUCCGCUAACAGGACUACGGAACUCUGCCAAGGAUGACUUCCCUAUUGCAGUGAACCUGCUGACAAGAACUGUCUUCCAGGCACUCAGGCAUUGCCUUGGGGUAUCCAACAGCUAGACAGAGGCCAGCCCCUGCUGUGCUUGUGACUAAUACACUUUUAGAGAAGGGCCAUACUUUUUUAUGGUUUAGUUCAGUUGGCUUUUUCAUAGGCAUCCCUUUUCACAAGAAUCUGUUUUUUUUUGUUGUUGUUUUUUGUACCCCUCUUUAGUGUAAUUUGAUUUCAGAACUUCAUUUGUUAGGGUUUUCUUUAAAGAAAAAGAAGAAGGUAUCUUAACAAACUGGCUAGUAUGGCUACCUUUUUUAAGAGGCAAUUAUCAUUCUGUCUGAGGUAGUUUAAGACAAGGCACUGUUGAGAAUAUAAGAGAUUUUAGAUCUUGCCAUCACAUUAUUUCCUUAGACUGGGAAAUCAAAAUUAGAGCUGAGAACUGGUCAAAAAACAACAGUUAGCUAAUAUUUUGCCCAUGUUCACAGCCUAGUGCCUGAAUGAUCUUCAUCCUGUCAGGAAAGCUAGCCAAAAUGAGGUUUAUGCCUGUGUUGAUAUACAACAGGGAACAUAUAAGUAAAUAAAUAAAUAAAUGAACUACCCACCAUUACCAGCAUGUUGUAGCAGGGGGAACCCCCCCCCCAAAAAAAAAAAAAAAAAAAAAAAACUGGUAUCUCAUACUCCCACUCUUUCUCCUAGGGACUGUCCCAAACCUUGUAGAUGCUAAGCAAGCUUAUCUUUUCCCUUCCCCUUUUUCCUAUGUGCUUUUUAAAUGAAUCUCUGACAAGAAGUUUAGCACUUCUCUUAUUCUUUAGUUUAAAAAAUGGAUUUGGUUGUUUGGGAAAAACAAGUUUUUGGUUUGUUGUUUUGGAACAGCAUCUCGCCAUGUAACCUGCUAUGAGGAACACAAGCUUAAGAGACCCACCUCCCAAGUUCUGGGAUCAAAGGCAUAUACCACCAUGCUUGGCUUUUUACUUUACUUUUAAAAAAAAUUUUUAUUUACUUUUAGAUGUAUUGGUGUUUGGCCUACAUGUAUAUCUGUGUGAGGGUGUCAUAUCUUGGAGUUGCAGAUAGAUGAGAACUGCUAUGUGGAUACCAGGAAUUGGACCUGGGUCCUCUAGAAAAGCAGUCAGUACUUUUAACUGCCGAGCCAUCUUUCCAGCCCCUACCUUACUUUCUAAAGAGGAAAUUAAGGAGUGACACCAGUUCUCUAGUUAUCAAAAGACAGAAGUUUUUGUUAUGAAAAGUUAGGUUUCUCUUACCCAGCAGAGCAUUUAAUUUGAUAGCCAGAAUAAAAGCAGACUAGAGAAUGAGGCUUUCCUUUUGACUUCCCACAAGCCCAUUCACCUUGCCUUAACCAGAUAAAACAUGAGUCAGGUGGAGCUGGUUAGAUCAGGAUUUAUUUUAUUCCUUGUUGGUUUAAAAUGGCUAAUCAGAAUAAAAAAUUAAAGGGUCUCUGUAUAGAGGCUGGGAUCUUCCCUGUUUAAAGGUAAGAAUCCAGCUACCCCUUCUACCCAGCACCAUAUUGAGGUGGGCUAAGGGGUAAACCCCAGGGGACAAUUGGAGGGGCCCAGGCCUGCCACUCCUUCUCUCUAUCCCAUUUUUGGCAUAUGAUGAAAAAUAUUGCUUUUUGGAUUCUUCU